GAUACACUGAAAGAGCAGAUGAAGUCUUUUCUUCUCUCCACCGCCAGUCAACAGGAGAUUGCAGUAUUGGACAAUAAGAUUCAUGAGACCGUGGAGACGAUAAAUCAGCUGAAAGUUCAACGUGAAUUCAUGUUAGGGUUUGCCAGGGAUCCUCAGCAGUUCAUCAGUGAAUGGCUGGUAUCACAAGUUAGAGAUCUGAAGUGUAUGACCGAUGUUGUCAACAACCCCGAAGAGGAACGUCGAGUAGACUUCUACCACCAGCCGUGGGCUCAGGAGGCCGUCCGGCGAUACUUCCAGAGCAAGGUCCAGCAACGGCGUGCGGAGCUGGAACAGGCUCUUGGUAUACGUCACACCUGAUCGCAAACAUUCCUAUUGAAUUUAACAUCUCUUAGAGUCCAGUGUUGGUCAGAAAGCAUCUGUUUGCCAAGGAGUGGGGAAGGGGUAGGGGUAUGGAGCAGGGAUAGUUGGAGGGGGAGGAUGUGCAGGGGGUAUGGGAUGGGGCAGACCUGCCAACCAGUACGUUUUUUUUUUUUUUUUUUAUACAAAAUCGUAAUUUAUUGAGAAAAAUCGUCUCUUUAUGUCUCUAUUUCAUAAAACGUACACAAAUAUGGUUAUUAGAUCAAUGUAAUUUCAGGUAACCUGUUUUAUUUUCAAUCAUUUUGUUAAAACCAGGGUGAAGAUAUUCACAUGUUUCAAUGUUGUUUUUUUUCAUCUGGAAAAGCAGUGCGCAUUUUAGCUUGCAUGCAGCUUGAGCGCCGCGAUGAGCGAGUGCGCCAGGCAUUUUAUGAUGAAAUACACUUUUUGGGGGAAAAAUACAGUUUUUUAUCACAGAAUACAGUUUUUCAUUCCCAGAGGUUGGCAGGUCUGAUGGGGGUGGUUGCUGGAGAGGAAAGAAUGUUAAGGGGGGUAGGGAUGGGGUGGAAGGGGAUGGGAGGACAGGCUCAGGUAGAAGUUCUGAGCCCCGUCUUACAAAGAGUUUUGAUUGACCUGAUCAACCACAACUAUGGAAAGCCAGCAACAUCAACAAUUAAAAUGGAUGUUUGCUCAAAAUAUUAUCUAGAUAUGCUAUGAAUUCAUACAUUCAUUGUUUUCUUGAAUUUUAGUGUGCUCCUCUUUGUUUACAAAGGACAUUGCGCAGAUUUUUUUUUGAAAAAAAAUGAUGACACAUUGAUGGAUUUCCAUACAGUUGAGGUUGAUUGGAUCAAUUAUAACUCUUGUUAGAUGGACCACAUAUGUGGCUAAAUACCUGUCAACCUAAAAUAUUGUACCUUGAUUCACUAAGAGUUUAAUUCUUCUUUUCCAUUAAAAGGAGUAUUCUUGAUAAGAAUCAAAGCAGUUGUUACCCGGCAAAUCAAAUAACAGAGAAAAAUCUGUGCAUUACCCUUUUCGAGGAUGGAUACUCUUUGCUGCCUGUGUAGCUUUAUUCUGAAUAUAAGUUUUUAUGCUUUUUUUUGUUGUUGUUUAGUUUUGACAGUGUAAGUAGUAUUUGUAACCACAUACGUGUACAUGUAAUUCUUCAUCUUCUGUUAAUGUUUUUUGUUGUUGUAAUUUUUGUAUAAUUAUUUUCCAAUGCUGACUUACUUUUGUUGACUCUGGCCAACUCUCCACAUGAACAAAAGGUGUCAUAUCUAUGCAGUUGUAUAAAUGUAAAUCACAUUCAUGAUUCACUCCAACACUAAGGAAACAUUUCUCUUGUCAUUGUUUUCAUUUGAUUUUCAAAGUAAAUGGGCUUCAUUUUAUAGUUGGCCAUAUUUUGAAACAUAAUCCAGGAAUCCUUGGUUUUCACAUCACACAGGUCCAUCUGUUUAGCAUGAGGAUCAUAAAUGCUGUCACGCUAUUUGCCCAAUCAUACUUUGUAUUUUAAUAGUUUGGAUCGAAUUUCAUUGCUGUACGAUCAAACACGAUGACUUGAAUAUGGAAUUACCAGCGUAUUCUUAGGUUUAUUUCAAACAUCCUGACCAUGAGACUCUAGUAAUAGGAUGAAUUUUGUAUUAAUUUUGUUUCAGUUUGUAUCUAAGGAAAUUAGUUAGUAGUUUGUGUAUCAGAUACUCCCUCUCAAGAAAUGCAAACACCAGAUUGCUUGCCAUCUCCCAUGUGGUCUUCUAGAAACCUACGGGUGGGGAGGGCUGAUUUUACUGUAUGUGGUUGUACAAACUUGGAAUGGUCAAUCCAAGUUAUUUAAAAGUAUCAUUAAUAAGAUCAUAAAAAAACCUAUAUUUGCAAUUUGUGAUAUUAUUUGAUAAAAUUCGAAUUUUAUGAAAUUAAUAACCUCAUCCAGGGGCCCCAUUUCACAAAAUUUGUUAUAAUAACAAAUUUGCAAUAACAGUUUAAAGCUACUGAAUUAGUUCAACUUGAUUGGUUGAUAGUUAACUUGUUAUAGAAAUUGUGCAUUUGUUAUUAUAACAAGUAUCUAUGAAGCAAGACCCAGAUAAUUCUUUGAUUCAUAAACUUGAAUUGUAAAGUAAUUCAAUCACUCACGUAAUGUGUCGAUAGUAAUGCAUCACUUUCAGUUCCAUUCAUGAUUUUUUUUUCUCAUUUUCUUUUUGUUUUCCAAAAAAAAAGCAUGUUUGUAAUAAAUGGUUGAAUAAAGAAACCA